AUGUCAGCUGCGUCACUUGUUGUACUUGAUACACAAAAUGAACCCCUUAUUCACAAGCUUCCACAAUCUAUAACGGCCAAAUCUUUAACACCUUGUAAAUUCGUUCUUGAAAUGGAGAAUGCCGAGGAUUUAACAGUGCAGUGGUUUAAAGGAUCCAAUAAAGUAGAGAAAUCCGAUCGAAUUAAAUCAGUUAAAUCCGGAAAUGCUUUCAAAUUAGAUUUCAAGAGUGUCGAACCGGACGAUGAAGGCGUUUAUGUAGUAAAAGUAAUAAAGGAUAAAAAAGCGAUAUGUAAAUAUGCAGCUGUUUUACUGGUCGAAAAAUAG